GACCCCAACGCACGAACCGAGGUUGAACGAGAUUCCGGUAUUCGUAACCCCUCGCAACAAGUCCGGGGAGAGCCAUUCAGUCAAAAGAAACACACAGAUUCGCUUUUUUUCUUUAUCUCAUUUACACCUCAAAAACAAAGGGAAGGAAAACCAUGAGUUCAGCUCGUUUCCGCUUCACAACUCGAAGUGGCAUCAGCACCAACAUCUUCAACUUCAAGUUGUCAACAUCCACUCUCCGAUCCCAGACACACAAGCUGAGCAGUCUUUCCCGAAUCCCACAACACCCACCCCGCAAGACCCUGUCUGCAUUCCGAUACAACCCUCCAACACCAACAUCAACAUCAACUAGACCCUUCACCACCACCAUGCCCCCGACAUCAAAACCCGAAAUCCCACCCCUAUCUAAACCCUCUUCUUCCUCAGGGGCAGACAAAGGCCCCCUCCCCAUCCGCCCUUCCUCCUCUGUUAUCCUCCUUUCCCCCAUCAACCAAGUCCUAUUACUCCACCGCGUCGCCAAAUCCACCUCUUUUGCUUCCGCUCACGUCUUUCCUGGCGGAAAUCUAUCCGAGUUUCACGAGGGUGAAUAUUACCCGUUGCCAACGAAGGAUGGGGAGUUGCACAGGGACAGUAAGGCGUACAGGUUAGCGGCGGUGAGGGAGACAUUUGAGGAGAGUGGGAUUUUGUUGGCUAGACGGAAAGAUGAUGGUGGUGGUGCGGGUAAAGAAAUGUUGGAGUUGAGCGAGGAGGAGCUGGAAGAGGGUCGGAGGGAGGUAUUUGGGGAUCGGGUCAAGUUUACAGCUUGGUUAGAGGGGAAAGGUGGGGUGGCUGAUGUUGAAAACCUCGUCCCCUUCACGCGCUGGAUCACGCCCCAAAACCAGCGCAAACGGUUCACCACGCAAAUGUACCUGUACAUGCUUCCCCUGAACACCACCACCGCCGAAUCGCAGACUACAACGAUAGUCCAAACCCCUACCCACGAUGGCGGCGUAGAACACACCGCCGCACUGUUUGAUUCUCCUUCAACCUGGCUGGCCAAGGCCUCAGCAGGCGAAAUUAUCCUUUACCCACCGCAGUUCUACCUCUUGACCCUUAUCAGCCGGUUCCUGCCCAUACAAUCUUCCGACUAUGACGAGCAGCGCAAAAGGCUUGUUUCCUUCCUGCGCCGGGUACCGACGAGUUCAGUGAAGCAUCCGACCUCUGACAUCCCGUGGGCGGAGAAGGUUAUGAGUCCCGAGGUGGUGAGCUUUGCUAAACAGGGGAGCUAUGGCAACGGACGGGUGAUUCUGGGACUGGCAAAACCGGGACGGGAGUUGGUGGACAGUGGGCGAGGAGGAGACGUGGAGAGGGUGAUAUUAGUCGAUUUCAGGAAGGAAGAGGUGGAAGAGGUGAAGGAAGAACAGACAGAGGGAGGGGAGGUGGUAAAGAAGGUGAUUAAGACGGCCGUGAGGGUACCGAGGGAUUUGGAGGUGAUGGAGAGGGCGGAGGCUAUGGCUAUGGCUGCUGCUCCUGAGAAAAAGGAGAAGGGAAGCAAGCUAUAGUUUAGUUGGUUGGUUUGUUGGGGAGUACUAAUGGAUUACAAGUAGGAGGAUAGGCACUCCUCGACGGUCUUGAUGCAAUCGAUGCUGUCCGCUUCCUCCUUCAGUUCCAUGGCCCGUUUUCUUACUUCCCUCCCCUCCUCCUCGUCCAAAAUUUUCCCAACGGCCUCUGCUAACUCCUUCACAUACUCCUUGUCGUCUCUCCACGACUUGUUCAGUUUAACUCCAUGUCCACGCCACUGCACCCGCACAACGUUCUCCUUCUUGUCCUGUUCUUCUCCCGCGACAACCAUCGGCACCCCGUGACCAAUGCCGUGCAUCACCGCACCGUAGCCGGCGUUGCUCACGAAGACGUCGGUGUGGGGGAGGAUGGCGUCGUAGGCGAGGUAGUCGACCACCUUUGCGUUAGCGGGCACUACCACGUCCUUUGGUAGUGUUCGGCCGCGGUGUCCCAAGAUGGCCACCACCAGGGUGUCUUCUUCUCGUCCACCCAAAGCCUGAAUGGUUGGAAGGAUAAGAUGCCUCGGGUCAAUCUCUACGGUUCCCUGCGCUACCACGACCACUUUCUUUCCUUCCUUCUCCCUCGCCAGCUUGACCUCAUCCACCAAGGCUUGCUUUGCUUCCUCAAGAACACGAACCGACUUGGGCACCGCACCGACAAACCGCCAAUUCGCCGGCCACCCCUCUUCCGUCUUAUAAAACCAACUCUCAACACCAAUUUGACAAACGUAAUUAUACCCGACAAAACACUCCCCGCUAAGCAAUGCCCAGCUUUCCCGACCCUUUUCCCUUUCGCGUGUCUCCAUGGCUUUGGCAAAGUCCUUGCCGCCUGCUUGUUCCACUUUCUCCACCAGCAACUCUUUUAGACCCCUUGUUUCCGUCUCCCAGUCCCUCCAUAUCUUGGCGACCCGUUCUCGGUAAGCAGGAGUAGUAUCAAACUCUAUCGGUUCAGAGACCAAUGGUGGGAUGUCCACAGACCGGAGGGGAGGGAUCAUGACGCUUAGAGCAAUGGAGCCGAUUGGCUUGGGAAUGGAAGGAGGGAGGGGGGCCCCGUGGAAGAGAGGGAGGAGGAAGUUGGACGUUGACUCUGCUACUACUACCACUCGAGCAGAAGAAGAGGGGAAAAGCUGGCGGAUGUGGGUUAAGGCGGCACAGAGGGAGCGAUGCCGAGCCGGAAUAGCGGAGAUGAAAAACUCGCGGAAAUCGCUGAAGACGCGGUCGCGCCAGGUUGGUUCAGAAGUAGUACCUUGGACCACUGCAUCUUUUUCGGUGAUGGCCCCCUCCCCCUGGGGAACGAAGUAUGUCAAGUCGUUGAAGUCUGCGUCAUCGAGAAAGGGAAGAAAUUGAACGCCGGUGGCGGAUAUGGUGGCCUUGUGGGCAGUAGGGCCAAGGUAGAAGACGGGCCAGCCGCGAGCAUGGAGGGCGGAAGCUAUGCGGAGGGUGGGAGUUAUGUGGCCAGUUGCUGGGAUGCUGGUGAAGAGGAGGAUGGGUUUAUCACCACGCUUGACCUUCUGAUGGGAGCCCAUCUUGGGUGAUGUUGAUGCUGAUGAGGUCGAUGAUGGUCAGAAUGAUAUUGAUAUGGUUCAAUACGAAAGGCAAUGCGUUGGAUUAUAUUGUCUCCAUGAACAGACGUGUCCGAAUGUGUUGGCAGCCCCCCUGCCAAUCAAGCUGUUGAUCGUGGAGACAAGAUGGUGGAAUCCGU